AUGUCCUCCGACGCCAUUCCUUUGAAUUUUGCAUGCGAGGCGGACGAGAAGGCCUACGCAACACUCGUGGAGGAAUUCAUGGACAACGCACGCCAUCUGGCCGUCCCAGGCUUCUCUUUUGCCGAACCUGGGGCGCAUGCUUUCCCCGUCGGCGUCUUCCCCGCCCUGCUCAAGCUCUUCGAGAUAUCUCCAAGCUACAAAGCCUUCAGGGCUGCAAAGCUGCUGGUAGCUGAUGCUGGCAUCGCUCGCGUCUCCCAAACUGGCGCCAAGGACAAAGUAGUCCACAGGGAGGAUAUCUUGCAGGCCAUUGUACAAGUCAUUACCGGCGACAAGCACUUCUUCGGCAAGCCUCAGGAGUCCGGCUGCGCCAAACCACACUCGUUGGUCAAGAUCCACCAGCAGCUUGCUGUUACCAGCGCCAAUAUGACCAAGACCAUGGAAGAGCCCGCGGUCACCGUGGAAAUCACUAGUUCCCAUGUGGACGACCUGGAGCUCGACCACUUGGCCGUCGCGGUCAAAGGCAGCCGCCUCGAUGCAACUCUCGCGUCCGUCGUCGAGCGGGAGAUCCGCCGCAUGCGCGACGACUGCCGCGACAAGAUCCGUCAGAGCAACGACGAGCGCGACCACGUCUUGUCGAUACAGGCGAUCACGGCGUCCAUGGUGCACGAUCUAGACAGAGAGAAGAAGGCAUCAGACGACUUGAUCUACGAUUUACAGCAGGAGCGGAAUGAGUGCUGGGACAUCAUCAAAGCACAGAGGAAGCUGCUUAGGGACACUGUCAAGCGGCUUGAAGACAUGGCCAAGCAGCUCGGCGAGACGGAGAAGCACUGCGCUUGCUGGCGAGACGUUGCCAACAACAUGAAGAGGCAGCGCGACGACUGGCAGGACAGAGCCGGCACCAUGAAGGCGGAACGCGAUGAGUGGCAAGAAUACGCCAGCGACGUGAAGGCACAGCGCGACUGCCUGCGCACCAAGGCCAGCCUCCGCAGAUCCGUGCAGGAUUGCAACCACCGGCUCGAUCUGUUUGCAAAAGAGGCUCGGGAUCGAAGGAAGACGGCGAAUGGAGCCAGCGUCCGCUUCGCGAGUGCCCCAGCUUCACUGACUGACGGUCACGUCUCCAACCAUCGUGGCGCAUUAACCUCACGGUCUUGGUAA